AUGUGGGGAAAUAUUAUGGAAUUUGUAAACACUUUAAAGGCUGGAAGGAAAAUGAAACAAGUGGAAGAAGAAAUGAAGGAAAAUUAUACAAGACUUGUUGCAAAUACAUUAUUGGAGACUAUUCGAGAUCAAAAACAAAUGAAAAAAGAUGUUGACAAACAAUUUGCUGAAAUAUAUACUAAAAUGAAUGAGAAUGUUAGAGAUAUUAAGAAGGAUAUGAAUGUUGAGAAAAUGAAAAGAGAUUUGGAAAAGAAAUAUGGACAAGAUAUGAAUAAUGUCAUCAAGAACAUGGUUGAAGAAAAAUUAACUACCAAUAAGGACAUUGAAUCAGCAGACGAAUUAAAAGAUAUUGAAAAAGAAAUGUCAUCCAUAUUAGGUAAUUCAACAACCACAUCUACUUCAAACACAACCAAACCAACAAGUGGUGGCAAUGCUGCUGCUAGCAGUAACAGUCAAUCUAAAUUCAAACAAAUGAUUGCAAAACAAAAGCAAACGAAAAAGUAA